AGAAGAAGAAUCAGUAAAAGGCGGGUGAAUGUGACACGAAAACUCCCUCUCCGCGUUGAGAUUUAGCCAAGAGGCUCGGCCGUCAGCCUCCAAGCCGUCAAUAAUGGCGUGCAAGAGAGGAGCGCUUAUUGUGCUGGAGGGAGUGGACAAAGCCGGGAAGACUACCCAGUGUAAGCAGCUCAUUCAGGCGCUGCAACAGAGCGGCAGACCCGCGGAGAUGAUGCGAUUCCCCGACAGGACCACGACCAUUGGACAGCUGAUCAGCGCCUACCUGGAGAAGAAAAGCGACUUGGAGGACCACGCGGUUCACCUGCUGUUCUCCGCAAACCGCUGGGAACUGGUGCCUCUAAUGAGGAAGAAGCUGGAGCAAGGCAUCACUCUGAUCGUGGACCGGUACGCCUUCUCCGGAGUUGCUUUCACCAGCGCAAAGCCGGAUUUCUGUCUGGACUGGUGCAUGAAACCCGACGUGGGGCUGCCAAAGCCAGACCUGGUCAUGUUCCUGCAGCUCAGUCCAGCCGAGGCCGCCCUCAGGGGUCAGUUUGGAGAGGAGAGAUACGAGACCAAGGUAUUCCAAGGAGUGGUUCAACAGAAGUUUGAACAGCUGAGGAAGGAUCCCUCCAUCAACUGGCAGGUGAUCGACGCUUCUCAGAGUGUUGAGGAUGUGCACAAGAACAUCACGACCCACAGCCUCAACACCGUUGAGGCGGCUCAGAACCUGCCACUCGGAGAGCUGUGGAAGUGAACCGGGAACUACUUUUAUUUGAAAGCAGAAUAAAAUAGCAAAUAUAAGCGAGACGCACCAAUGUCCAAAACCAGAUGCUGACUUUAUUUUUUUUAAAUCCUCUUACAUGUGUAUUGUUCUUAUUCUGUGUUGAUUAAAUAAAUAAUCUUUAAAUGAA